AUGGUCAUCCGAUUUUCUGAGCAGGAAAUGUUACCUUUCAUGUACGAGUAUAGCAGGCUAAUUGAAAAAGGGAAAGGGAAGAAUCGCGUUGAAUGUGUACUGGAUGAAAUUGUACAGUCGAUGAAGAAUGUACAUCUAUUGGAUAAAACGAAACAGUUAGUUUAUCAAUUAGAUAGUAAAUCGACCAUCGAUAAGAUAAUUGAUCCUUUAUCUGUGGCCACAAAAAUCAUUCAAAUUGUUCAAAAUCAUUAUCAGACGAUUGGAUUUGAAUGGCUAUAUCCAUUACUUCAGUUUGCUCGAGAGAACGUUAUUUUUUCAAAUUUGAAUGACAUCAUUGGCCAAGAAAAUCAACAACGAAUCCUCUCUACAAUUGGCUGUGUUGAAAAUUUGAAAGAGAAAAUGCUCAAAUUAAUUAAGGACUGGAAUGAGACAGAAAGUUACAAAAUGACGGAUAAUCUUCCACCCUAUCCAAUUUAUGCUGAAUUAGAUAUCCUAUAUCAACUCUUGCAUGCUAUAUUAAAUCAAGAUCCAACGGGUCUUUUCCAAAAAAUACAUAAUGUAUACAAUAAGUGCUUUGAUAUUAUUGAAUCUGUUUUGAUUUAUGAUUGCCAACGAUUAAUUGCUUUGGUUCAGGAAUUAAAAGCUUGGAUAACUACCGAUCUAUCUUAUGUAAGCCAUUAUAUCUAUUUAGAUAUUAUGAAUAAAAUUAUCGGCUGCAGCUAUUGCAGUUUUAAUCAAAGAGAAUUUACCUAUUCUGGUGGUCAAAUUUAUUACCUAGAUGGCUCUGUUUUUGUCAUGGAACCGUAUUACUCGAUCUGGAAUGUUGUUCAGAAGACUACAAGUUGGAAAUCAUCCACUUUCCAAUCCAAUAUUAUUCUACAGAAAGGAAUAACCGAUACCAUUAAAAUAUUUCAAUCCAUCAAAUUACCCAUUAAAAUUAAAGACCAAAUUAAAGUCGAUUUAGCCAACAUGAUGAGUCAGUUGAGUCAUCCCUAUCUCGACUAUUUAAUAUGGUAUCAUCGGCAGCCACUAGCAGAAAUAGUUCACGAUGAUUUAUUAGCCAAGCUAACACUACUGGAGUUAUCCCCUAAAUAUUCAGGGAUGGCAGUUCAAUUAUCUGAACUCGAAUUCAUUCCACUUUUAACUCAACUACCAACCAUCAUCAAUUUACCUUCAUCAAAAGAAACUUUAAUACAACGCCAUCAUUACUUCAAUCAAAUCUAUCACGAGAUGGACGUGCAAGGUCAUCAUUCAAUGGUCUUGUCUGGUCUAGCUGGGGUUGGGAAAUCAUCAUUAGCUCUUCAUUAUGCUCGAUCACAUACAAUCCAUUACAAUUGCAUACAUUGGUUUCAUGCCGAGACAGAAUUAUCCUUGCAACAUGAUUUCAUAAAAUUAGCCAAGGCAAUCCUGAGAAAUAAACAACGAUUCCAUUUAGAAAAAAAACCCCAAUUGGAUUCCAUUCGCGAUUGUCUAGAUCAAUUUACGGAGAAUUCUGAAUUGCUACAGUCCGUUGGCGAUAAUCAUAUUAUUAUUGCAUCACAAUUAAAAACUUGUGAUGAACAACGGAUUGAUCUGAUCAAUAAGCUUGUCCAGGCUACCUUGGAUUUUAUACUUGGCCACUAUUGCUUUUUACUGAUUUAUGAUAAUGCUGACCAAGAAGAAAUCGUCCGACGCUAUAUGCCUCAAAGACAAGGUCACGGUCUUGUACUGCUGACAUCUCGGUAUGCUAACUGGGGCGAUGUGGAAAAGAUUAACAUUGAUUUAUUCCAACGCCAAGAAUCCAUUGAUUAUUUGCUACAACGAACCAAUUCAGAGGAUAAAGAAUCUGCUGAUUUAGUUGCCAAUCGAAUUUGUGAUUUACCUUUAGCCUUGUCGCAAGCUGUCGCUUAUAUUCAACGUACUGGUAUUUCACUAAGUGGAUAUCAUGCACGAUUAAUGGCAGAAGAAAAUGAUAUUGCUCAAGAUAGUUACUCAUCUGCAUAUUAUAAAAAAUAUCAGCAAGUCGACUCUGGACAAAUUAAAUUAAGCCAACAACUGACGCCGUUGACAACAUGGUCCUCUACCUUUUCUCAAUUAGUUACUAAUAAUCCCUCUAUUCAAUCCAUGUUUAUGCUAAUUGCUUAUAUUCAAGUAGACCAGUUAACAGAUAACUUAUUAUUCGAAUUUUGCCAACUACAAGAUCCCAACACAAAAAGAGAAGAUUAUAACAAUGCCAUCUGUGGCUUAAAUCAUUAUCAUGUUUUACAUGGCUGCCCAGAGGGUAGUUUACCUAGCUAUAAAACGAAUAAAUUAAUCCAAAUGGCUAUACGCAAUCAUAUCUUAGAAAUUGUUUCAACUCAGUUAGGACAUUCAUUAGGCGAUUGGAUAUACGUCCAAGAUAUAAUCUUAUGCCGAAUUUUAGUCUAUUUUGUUGAUAAGCUAAGUAAUGAUGAAUGGAUCGAAUCCGAUGACCAGACUGUUGGCCAAAGUUUAAACUUAAUUUAUCAUGCUGAUCAACUUCGGCAACAUUUAUUAAAUAGCGAAUUACUAUCCCAUCAACGCUUGAUGUUAGAAGAAAAAAUGACUAAAAUGUACACGACAAUCACCAAUCCAUUAUCUCAACUGGAGAUGAAUAUUAUGGCCAAGAUUGAAACUUUUAAAAUGGCGCUAAAUUAUAGAAGUGACGAAGAUGAAGGCUACGAUACUAAAUUUGCUGAUGAUAUUGAUGUAGAUCGAGAUAUUAUCUGCAGUAAGCGUAUAAAGGAUAUUAUCGUUUUAAUUCAUUCUUCAGAUCGUGAUUCAUCCAUGGAACAAGCGAAUGUAUCUUACGAGGACAGCCAAGUUUCCAACCAUGUUUUGCGGUCUGUAGGAGGUGUUAGUGGUGUUGAAAUUGGCGAAGAAAUAAAAUUAUCCACAGCUGAUGAUAUCCAAGAAAAAAGUGCCUUAAGUUUAAGCCCAGUUCAGCAAGAUAGCGAUUACUUUAAUGACUCUGAUGUGAUUCAAGACAGCCCAGGGAUAACUAAUGAGAGCAAUCCAAAUCUUCAAUUAGCAGCUCAAGACUUGACACAUACUACCAAUACAGCGGACAGCUCUACAAUAAACGAAAGCGAUCCAGAAAAUUCUGCUUUAAAUAAAUUACACCUAUCUGAUGAUCCCCUAUUAAUCUUAGAAUCAGUUAUAAAAGAAGCUGAAGUAGUGGAGGAGGAGAUUACUAUAACAAAUGAGCCAAAUGUUGAGAUAAAUGAAACAGAAGCCGUUGGCACAAUCCCGGAGAAAAAUCAUGGCCAGAAUCAUUCCUCACCGAUAAACACCUCUAGAAGUGAUGAUAUAGCCAACGCAGAAGUAGCUGAAGAUGCAUUAGUAGGUUUUUAUGAAGAAGAUAUCAGAUCAAGUAUUGAAGCUACGGCAGAUAUAAGCGAAGCCGCUCAAGACAAUAAUGCAACAACGAAAAUGAAUGAGAAUGGAGAUAAUCUUUCCAUCGCUAAGACCACUUCCACAUCCACUACAGACCCUAGGCGAGUUUAUAGCCAACCUAAUGUUAAUAAUGUUGCUGCAGCUAAAUUCUACUAUGAUCCUGCACCUAAUGUAAAGAGGGAUCGCAGUGUAUCGGAUCUCCGGUGUACAAUUUUUCCAAUAAUGAAGCCAGCUGCAACUGGAUACCCACAAAAGUCGAUUACUAUUUUAGCUAAUAAAACUAAUUGCUUCAAGUUAAAAGAAGCUCCAGGUGUCCAACUUACAAUAACACCAUCUUGCUUUCAGAUUGAUACCAGUGCUACUAUAUCUGUAUUUUAUGCCGAUCCACCUUAUAAUAAAGGCCUGAAUAGCGGAUGUAUUCAAAUGGCUCCUAUAGUUCGAAUAAAAUGCGAUGAUAUUACUGGGCAACAGUCAACACGAUUCCCUUUUUCAUUGCAAAUUCCCGUGCCUCUUGCUGAAGAAAUUUGCCUAUAUUUGUCAGUCAAGAAAAUUAAUGAAUUACCUGUACAAAUUUUGCAUCGACGCCAUGAGCCUGAUAGUGAAUGGGAAUUACUGGAUUCUAAAUUUACCUACUUUGUUAAUGAUCAUUCGUGCCCAUGUAUUAGUUUUAAUAUGCAUUACUUUGCUGAUGUAACAUUUGUCUUGGACGAUGUUUUAUCUACAAUGCAACAAAUAUCGCAGUAUACAUUUCCAAGUUUUCAGCAACACAUACGAUUAUGGAGUUAUGUCUCUUUGCCAAGAAAAGGGUCCACUCGGUCUAUCAUGAAGUUGAUUAUCGCUAAAACUGGGCUGGGACAUAUUAGUAUUUUGGAUGCUAUUGAAAAUAAUCCCAAUUUCAUACCAUUAGAGGCAACAGGAUUAGAUGAUUUCGUCGUUCGCAAUGGAUCUUAUCGCCUUCACUUUGUACCUAUAUCUUCAGCUUGUGGGCUAAUAGAAGAUUUUCCAGUUUAUACUGCUUUCGAUUGGAAUAACAGAAAUUACUUUGCAUUUGACAUUAAAUGCCGUCUAAAAGAUCCAGCAUCUAAUAAUGGUAACUUGGGAAAAUUAUGUCUUUCCCAAGUCAGCGAGGAACGUACUGUUCACGAAUGUAAUCUGAUCAUGCCUCAAGAGGUUACUACUUCGCUGGAAUUAAUACAAUCUCCACCGCCUGAAGUCGAAGAAGUUGCAGGUGAAGAUUUAAAGUCCCAUUUGGAAUUUAUUGCCUCCCAAAAUAUUGACUUGGACAAGUUAGCAGCUAAAUUAGAUAAUGCGGUUAGGCUUAGUGAAGCCGGUCGUAAACUUAAGACGAAGAGCGAUAAAGUCAGAGUCCUCCUAAAGAUUUGGAAAGAGAGUAAUGAACCUAAAGCUAACCUAAACCAAUUAACUAAGGCUCUAGGUGCUAUGAACAAAGGAGAUGUUGUCAAAAGAAUCGCUGAAACACAAGCCGAUCUAUUUGCUCGCCGUAAGAAAGCUAAAGAAACUAUUGUGUAA